CAAGGGGCCCGGCUUUGGCUGUACUGCAAGGUUUAGUUCAAGCGCAGGGUGACCACCGAGGCCUCUCGUCCUCCACACUCUGCGUUUGGAUGGUCACCAACCUCUGUAGCAACAUGUGCUUCUGGAGAUUCACAGUUCCUCAUUUUCUGCUGCUACUGACGUGUCUACCGGGGCGAGACCAAGCAGAGUCCAAUCUUAAGGAGGUCCUCAGAGUCUUGGAUCUACCGUUCAGUCCGGAUGAAGAGGCGCACCUCCAGAAGAACCACAUCGGCGUGCUGAUUUCUGCAAUUCUUGUGGCGGUCAACUGCCCAGAGAAGACUGGUGGCUCUCAAGAAGUCUGUGACAAGUGUCUGCCGCCUGAUGUCGCACUUUCCGUGCUAGAGGAUGACGGGAAGUCGUACCUAACCGAGGACGGCUUCCAGCGCCUAUCCACUCUUUUGGUGUACUACAUCGUGAACCUGCGAGACCUGUGCCGGUCGUCUUCCUCGCCUGUCAGUAGCUACGAGUUCUACCUGCUAGCUCUCACCGAUCUCCACCCGGUGGAGGACAGCGGCGUCUUAUCAUUGGAUGAACUCGAGAGCAUUCUGCAGAUCAUCAACCAGCACAACAACCAAGAAAGCUCUACUCUCUCCAACCUCCAGUGUAUUGACGUGGUUCAUCUACUUGAAGACGCUAAUGUGAAAGAAGGUACCCCUAAGAUGUCAGUGGCCAAAGUCUUUGCCGCCAUUAUCAGUCACCUCCUGCAGGGUCGCUGCUUCACCCAGAGGAACCUCCCUCCGCCGACCUUCUUUACCAACUACAUCUUUCACUCCCUCAACCGCACUAAUGAACUGGGAGUUUCAGAUCUGGAGUUGCUGCUCCAACAGCUCGGUGUCGGCAGAGAAGGUGAGAAGCCGCACGCUCACAACAAGAAGAGGCGAAGUUCGCUGACUGAGUCGGGCCAUUCACUGGAGGCUUGCAACCAUGAAGCCGGAAACUGGGCACGGGUCUGUUUUUCAGCCGAUCAGCUGGCGUAUAUUUUUGCUCUCGAUCCGCAAAUGCCCAUUUCCAAGGAGCACUUUGGGCAAAUGUGCCCGGCCUUCAUCCAGCAGUUGCUCGGGAAUGCGUGCGGUUCUGCAGAGUGGAACGGAAGAGGAUCUCACCAACCCACCACUUUUGAGAAGUACGGCUACAGCACGGCGGCGGUGCUGCUCAUCACGCUGGGAUCCAUGCUCGGCAUCUGCCUGGUCUUCUUCAACUCCUGCCAGGAGACCUACACCCUGGUCCUGCAGCUCUUUGUGGGCCUGGCCGUGGGGACGCUCUCCGGCGACGCCCUCCUUCACCUCAUCCCGCAGAUCCUCGGCCUUCACGGACACAAUGAGGAAGGCCUCACGGAGCAGACGGACUACCUGUGGAAGAUCGUCGGCGUGGUGGCUGGAAUCUACGGCUUCUUCCUCAUGGAGAGGAUUUUCUCCAUCCUGGUUCCUCAGCGCAGACAUAGCCACGCUCGGGGUGACUCCGAGGGUCCGUCCCGGAGGGGCAAGUCCAUCUCUACCAUACAGCUGCAGGGACCAGUGGAUGAAGAAGCAGAAACAUCUCUAGAGCAGAGACCUUCACAAAAACUCGGCGGCGUUCCCCUGCUGGCCGUGAUGGUCAUCGUGGGUGACAGCCUCCACAAUUUCGCUGACGGCCUGGUGCUGGGCGCCGCCUUCUCCUCGUCGCCCGAGUCCGGCAUGGCGACAACCGUGGCCAUCUUGUGCCACGAGAUCCCCCACGAGAUGGGGGACUUUGCGGUGCUGCUGAGCUCUGGACUCCCCGUGAAGAUGGCCGCCGUCAUGAAUUUUGUCAGCGCCCUGACGGCUUUCGCCGGCCUCUACAUCGGACUGUUCGUCUCGGCCCAGGCGCAAGUGCAGCAAUGGAUCUUCGCAGUCACCGCGGGGAUUUUCCUCUAUCUGGCACUGGUGGAGAUGCUUCCCGAGAUGAGUCGCUUGCAGAGCGGGCGACCACUCACCGGGUUCUUCCUGCAGAAUGUCGGCCUCCUGUCGGGCUGGGCCUGCCUUUUGCUGCUUGCGCUCUUCGAACACGAGCUCAAAUUCUAACACCGUCGCC